CCCGCCCCUUCCUGCAGCUUCCGCCCCUCGCCGACUUCUCCACAUUUUGACUUCUGGAGCACGCUCCGUCGUCACGAAGCAUCCCCUUCUCUCUCUCCCUUCCUAUAAAACGCGCCCUACUGACAAUCACAAAAAACAGCAACCCCCAUACAUACAAACAUUCCAUUCUCAGCUACUUGGCCCCUUUAAUUCAAUCCUAAUAUCAAUAAUCCCUUUCGCUUGUACGCCACAUAAUCACACAACAUAUGGAUAAGCUUUUGAUGCUGUCGAUUCUUAGCUCCUCCCCUGCGGAAAUCUCCGGUCCCUGGUCCAACCUAUCCGUGUCCAUCCAGAAUUCGAAGAAGGAGAAGAAGCAGCUCGGCGGUGAUGAUGAUGCGCACAACAGCAGCAGGAAGAUCAGCGAAAGCAGCUCCACAGGCAGAUCAGACCAGCAGCAGCAGCAGAAGCAGAAGCAGAGGAGGUUUCUGCGGUGGCCGGCGGCGACGCCUCGGUGCGCUCCAGAGCUUGACGGGCUCAACUGCUUCGAGACCUUCGCGUUGCAUUAGCUAAUCACUUUUGAUUCUUCACCCUCAUAAUCUACUAUCGAUUCUUUCCUUGUAAUUAAAAAAAGAAAAAAAAAUUAUAGAUGCGGAAGUGUAUUUUAGUUGAACUUUUUGCAAAUCAAUGAGAUCAUAAUGCUUCGGGAUGUCUUAGCAUCAUAAUUAUAUCCAGCAUGAAUCUUAGUUUAGUUCAGUUGAUUUUGACAUGGAGGCAGUGCACGAAUUCAGAAUCAGGGUAAGCUGCGACCUACCAAGGGCCCUUUUACUUGUUUGUAUUUGUUGGAGAUCGAUCUUUGUGCGACUAGGAUUUCGAUUUGUACUAGUGUAGAUAAUAGUUAGUUGAUUGAUCUUGCCGCCCUAAUCGUUUCCCUACGAAUACGAAUUAAUUCCUCAUUAUUCUGUUAUCACCGAUUUGUGUGUCUAAUGAUGCUUAUGAACAACUCUGGGCAGAUAGAUCCGGUUCUUCGCCACUAAAUUAUCAGAUGCAAAAGUCAUCCUCAGCAUCAAAUAAUCGGCUUCUUCGGGUUUCGUAUAUAUCAAUUCUGUCAUGUAUUAUGAUAGUCGAAUGUCUAUUUUGUGGGGGUUAAAUAAGUUUAGUUUCAGAACCCCCUUCAACAUGAAGGCUUCAUGUGUUCAGAACUGCUCAGAACACUGUUUCGUAUCAGAUUAUGCCACCCAGAUUUUGUGACAUGAGAGAAAGCAGAGAACUGUUUUCUAGUAUUUGAGUUUGUAAUAACCUUGCAAUGCACGAGAUCUUUGGACCACUAUCUCCAACACUAACGCCGCACAAAAGAGAUCGGAAGGUCUAACUUCUUUGGCGGCAAUCUGGUGGGUUGCCUGGAAUGAAAGAAAUCACUUUAUCUUCAACCUAAAGGCCCCUUGAUGCGGCUCGAGCUCUUGACCGCGCCAACCUCCUAGUGACAUCUUGGAUGAAUCUACUGUGAUCGGCUCCUGCGCCUGUUCUUUUCUAUUUUACUUUUACUUUGUUUCUUUCAGUUUUUUUCUUGUUUUGGUUUUCUGUUUUUCUACUUUCCUGUCUCUUUCUCCGGAAGCCCCAGCUGCUUCCAAUCUGUACGCCUAGUUCAUUUUGCUUAAUGAAUGAAGCGGAUAGCUCGUUACCUUUUCUCAAAAAAAGAGUUUGUAAUAACCUGGCUGCUUAGAUAACACGGACUUGCUCGACUUUGUUGUUUAAA